UGAUCUACGCAUGGAGCCUGGGUUUAUCAGGCAGCAGACAGAAGCAGGGCACACAGACGGAAAAGAGAGAGCAAUAACGGGGUGAUUGUUGCCAGAGAUAAGUGCUACUGAAUCAAUCAAGAUGAACCACAGCUCCAACGAGAAAGACCCUGAGACCAUAGAGCCACUGCGUCAUCUCAGUAAAACAGAGGUGGCGACCGUUGAGAUGGAGCUCCUGAGGGACUAUCGCUUUGGGCAGCAGCAGCUGAUUGAAAUAUGGGGCCAUGCUUGCGCUAUUGCCGUCACCAAGGCUUUUCCUUUGAGCUCUUUGAAUAAAAAGCAGCCCACCCUGCUGGUUGUUUGUGGUCCUGAGCAGAACGGCUCUAUCGGUCUGGUGUGUGCCCGCCAUCUGCGUAUAUUUGAAUAUGAGCCCACCAUUUUCUAUCCCAAGCGUUCUUCUCAGGGUUUGCACCAGGACUUCACUGUUCAGUGCGAGAAAAUGGACAUCCCUUUCCUCUCCUAUCUUCCGACAGAGGUCCAGCUGUUAAAUGAUGCCUACAAUCUGGUGAUCGAUGCCAUCCUGGGACCAGAAACCGACAAUACGGAGGUGAAGGAGCCCUAUGCUGGGAUGCUGGUGACUCUUAAACAGGUCAAAAUACCCAUCGUUAGUGUGGACGUGCCCUCAGGUUGGGAUGUUGACGAACCGGCCAAAGAUGGGAUAAAUCCAGAAGUUCUCAUUUCUCUGACAGCUCCCAAAAAGUGCGCAACAGGUUUCUCGGGAAAACAUUUUCUGGCGGGACGAUUCCUGCCCUAUGACAUUCAGAAAAAAUACGAACUUAAUCUGCCAGAAUUCCCCGGCACGGAGUGUGUUAUAGAACUGUAGCCGUUUAUACAAACAUGUAUUUUGAAUAACAAGGAUGUUUUUCCCCUUUUGUAUUUUAUAGAUUGUUCUGUGGCAUUCAGUUACUGACAAAUAUGACUAGAUACUUUGGGUAGUUAAGGUGAGUUUUCGCUGCUAAGAAAGUGGGUUUAGAAUUAUCUAUUGAAUUUUGCAAAUUUUCGAC